AUGAAGUCGCUGGAUUCGCGCUUCACUACCGCGCCCGCGCUUCGCCUCAACAUGGCCGCCACGUACGAGUCAAUGGCCUCCAACGAGCGCUUGCGCAACUGCACGCGCGAAUCUCAACAGCAAAACAAAGUCUUCGACUGCGUCACUUCUAACGCCAGUUGUUGGCGACUAAAUGAACACGUUGCAGAAACUACUGGUUCUAGUUCAAGUCGUCAAUGUGGUAUGGUCCCGUUAUUUCGCCGUGCAGUUAACUUACACGCACAUGGCAUUGGCAGACCUCAAUAA